AUACUCUAUUGCUCAAAGCCAGCUUGAAGGUGAAAUUUCUGUCCGCCGGUUCAAUCGACAGAAUCUGCAGCUUCGCCUUUCCCUGCGAUCAGUUUCUGCCAUUUCUUGAAAAAAAAAGUAAUAAUAAUAAUAGUAAUAAAGUCUUAUCGUCCUCAGCAUGUCUUCUAUAUUUAGCGAGGUUUCUCUGGCUGCGCCCGUCGCCGUUUUCAAACUGACCGCGGAUUUCCGUGAAGACCCGAGUCCUAACAAGGUGAACCUCGGAGUAGGAGCAUACAGGACAGAUGAGUGUCAGCCGUGGGUGCUCCCUGUUGUAAAGAAGGUAGAGAAGCUGAUUGUUCAGGACGACAGCCUAAACCAUGAGUACCUGCCCAUUUUAGGCCUACCUGAGUUUCGUUCUAGCGCUUCGAAGAUUGCUUUGGGUGAGGACAGUCCUGCGAUUUUGGAAAAGAGGGUAGGAGCUGUUCAGUGUCUCGGUGGAACCGGUGCUUUGAAGAUCGGUGCUGAGUUUCUGCGCAGAUUUCACAACGGGAACAAUAACACAAAAACUCCUGUUUAUGUCUCUGCACCCACAUGGGAGAACCACAAUGCUGUUUUUGCUAAUGCUGGAUUUGAGGAUAUUCGCUCAUAUAAAUAUUGGGAUGCAGAGAAGCGUGGACUGAACCUGUCUGGUUUCCUAAGUGAUUUAGAGAGUGCACCUGAACACUCUAUCUUCGUGCUGCAUGCCUGCGCCCAUAACCCCACAGGCACAGAUCCCAAACAAGAGGAGUGGAAGAAGAUCGCUGAAGUCAUGAAGAAGAGACAUCUCUUUGCUUUCUUUGACUCGGCAUAUCAAGGCUUUGCCUCUGGAAAUUUAGAAAAGGAUGCUUGGGCAAUUCGUUAUUUCGUGUCUCAGGGUUUUGAACUGUUUUGUGCCCAGUCUUUCUCAAAGAACUUUGGCUUGUACAAUGAGAGGGUGGGCAACCUGACAGUUGUUGCUAAAGAUGCAGACAACCUGAGCCGUGUUCUUUCUCAAAUGGAGAAGAUCGUUCGUAUCACCUGGUCCAAUCCCCCCUCGCAGGGAGCUCGUGUGGUUGGGAUAACCCUCAACACCCCAGAGUUGUUUGCUGAGUGGAAGGAUAAUGUUAAGACGAUGGCUGACAGGGUUUUGCUGAUGCGUGCUGAAUUGAAGGCCAAACUGAAGGCUCUCGGCACUCCAGGCACCUGGGAGCACAUCACUGAGCAAAUCGGCAUGUUUAGCUUUACAGGCCUUAACCCCAAACAAGUGGAGUACAUGGUGAAGGAGAAACACAUCUAUUUGAUGGCCAGUGGCCGCAUCAAUAUGUGUGGCCUGACCACUAAGAAUAUUGACUACGUCGCUGAAUCCAUUCAUGAAGCUGUCACCAGGGUCCAAUAGCCAUGUUUCUCAUGCAGUCUUUUCAUUUGUGUGUGAGUAAUAGGACAUUAAUAAUUGGUUGAUGUCCUUUUACAUUCACUCUUCCUCCCCGUUAUUUUCACACAUUUCAUCCUCAUGCAGCUCUCCAGCACCAUUUGCUGGCUCUAUGAUCAAAUAUAAACUGUAAACUCAAUUAGCAUUCAAGUCAUGUAGUUUGAGGGAUAUAUAUAUAUAUUUGUGUGUAUGGUGUUUGUUUCUUUUACUCAUCCUUAAUUAGAACAUAAAUAUGUACUUAUUGUGUCUGUACCCCCUGUAGUGGUUCACCAUUGAGUUUCAUGGUGGUACCUAAGGAAGCACUUUCUUGUGUAAUUAUAGAGUGAUGAAUCAAUACCACAAAGUUGUGACUGAAUUGAUAUAAAUGGUUUCAGCAUGACUGAUAUCUAAAUCCUUUGAAUGAGAGUGUUAUAGUGCACAUGUACUUAUGUUUUCUGUUGUGGGUCAUGUUUGAUCAUUCUGUAAAUUUGAACAAAGGAGUGAAGUCCCCAAAAAACCUCUCUGAGUCUUAGGCUACAUUGUUAUAAGGUUGUGUUGUAAAUACAUGCCUGUGCUUAUAUAAAAUAUGAACAAACUGACUUUAUUUGAAUAUACUGUCCAGGCUCUUGCAGAUGGCCACAAAGGAAUGUUUUACAAAAGUUUUACUGUUACCUUUAAACUCCCAUGACUCUAAUCUUUAUAACAUGGUUACUCUCAUCAGGUUACAGUUUCCUAGACAUCAUUUUGGCUGCAUCUUCUUGAUCUUAACAUUUCAGAUACCAAUGCUAAAAAGAACCACCACGCUGUUGACGGUUCUUGGAAGUGUUUUGCACUUUGUCUUUCACAGUUUCACAAUGUUAAACAAGCCAUUCUCUCAGAAUGUCAAAUAUACACGCACAACGAUAUAUAUGUAUAAGUAGGACAGACUGAUCAAACCUCUUCAAAUAAAUAUCAUGGAACUGCUGAA